AUGUCAUUAAGCAAUUUGACUCUUAGUCAGUAUUAUGAAAUACAAAAGCUAGAAACAGAAGCUUUACAGUCCAUUUACAUGGACGAUUUUACAGACUUAACUAAACGACAUUCAUCUUGGGAUAAACAUCCACAGAUCAUAUUUGAGAUAGGUUUAAGGUCUCAAGAAUCUGAUCCUGCUGAAUGCUCAUUGAAUUUGCAUGUAGUUCUCCCGUCUACUUAUCCUCAUGCAGCUCCUCAGAUUACAUUCAAGAAUGUAAUAAAUGUGCCAGAUGGCCAACUGAAUAAGCUCAGGCAGGAAAUCAAAGAAAUACAUCAAAGAUCUAAAGGGCAAGAAAUCAUAUAUGAAAUCAUUAUUGCAACGCAAGAUGUCCUAGAAGAUUCGCAGAAACAUGUGGUAACUGAUUCUUUAGAGGAUCAGAGGCUGCAGCGGAUCAGAGAUGAAGAGGCUCGAAUGAAACUCGAAGAAGAGCAAAGACAAAAAAUGAUUGAAAAACAGAAGAUGCAGGAACAGAAAUUGAUUGACGAAGUGUUCCAAAAAGAACUAGCUAAGAGAAUGGAUGAUGAAGUGCUCGAAUUCAGUAACGAUAAGGAGAUUGAUUUAUUGCCGCCUGCCGAAUUGACCUCUUCGGGGCAGGCGUUCGUUUUUCCACAACUCAUCACAGCAAAGCUACCUAAUAACUCGCAGUAUAAAUUCAGAGCUGUUAUACAACCUCAAUCAAUUAAUUUAUGUGACGAUCCGCUAUCUUUCGCAUCCCAGAUGCUUGUUAAACCAUUUAUUCCGGCUGAAUCACCACUAUAUAAUGUUUUGAAAUCUUCGGAUCAACUUGACAGCAUUCAAUACCUUUUGACAGAAGUGAUAUUGGACAAUCCAUACUUCAAUACAAGCAAUGGUAAAAAGGAAAUAUCUCUUUUGGAGAAAGACUUGGAAGCGGUGAUACAGGUAAAUCACGAUAAUGUGAAUAGGCUUUAUGCUUUCAGUGUCGAAAGGCUCGGUAGAAAUAGCUCGACCUUCCAAUGGAAGAUAAGGUUGCUUACAGAAUUUGCACAAUUUACUACAUUAAAUGAUAUUGUGACAUCUGUAGGAUUCGUUAACUUGGCCACAGCCCGUGGGUGGCUGUUGAGACUACUUGAAGGUCUCGAAAAUUUGCACAAACACGGAAUUUCUCAUAGAUUAAUUGAUAUGCAUACUGUCCAACUUUCGAAAGAUACUGAUUUUGGUACAACAAUCCCAAAAUUGAUUCAUCCAUCUUAUGGGUACACUAUUCUUUCCAUGGUCACUAGAUAUCCUAGCAAAAACGGUGUGAAACUUGAAUUACCCAAUAUUAAAUGGAUUGCACCAGAAUUGGUCAAAUUUAAAGGCAGCAAACCUCAAAGAAAAACGGAUAUCUGGCAAUUGGCAGUGUUAUUCAUUAUCAUCAUUAGUGGUGUUGACACCACCAUAAACUUUAGCUCUCCGGAUGAGUUCUUGGAAACUGUUGAAAUGGAUGACAGUCUAUAUGAAUUUCUCAAAAAAAUGCUACAACCUGAACCAAAACAAAGACUGACCCCAUUAGAACUUCUUCCGAUGAAAUUUUUGAGAACAAAUAUAGACGCUGGAAUAAAUAAGCUAAAUCUAUAUCCAGAUUCUCUCAUUGAUAAUAAAACUUUGUCAACUUUGCCCUCAUCAUCAGGAUCGCAAACCUUAAGAUCACGGACUGCCUCUAGAGCAUCAACUGAUGGUGGUAGAAGGCGAAGUUUUAAUAUAGGGUCUCGCUUUUCCUCGUUGAAUUCAGGAUCUAGGUCCAGAUAUGCUACCGACUUCGAGGAAAUUGCAGUACUUGGAAAGGGUGCUUAUGGUCAAGUCGUCAAAGCUCGCAAUGCAUUAGAUAGUAGAUAUUAUGCGAUCAAAAAGAUAAGACACUCUGAAGAAAAGCUUUCUACAAUACUAAGUGAAGUCAUGCUUUUGGCAAGUUUAAACCACAGAUAUGUGGUUAGAUAUUAUGCUGCUUGGUUAGAAGAAGAACAAGCCAAUCAUGAUAGUACUGCUAUUGAAAGUGAAGAUGAAUUCAGUGAUGAUUCAUAUAGUUUCAGUAGCUCAGACGGGCAGGGUUCAAUAAAUAAGUCAUUGACAGGUUUGAAUAGCAAUAACUGGGACUUUAUAUCGAACUCUUUCCAAGGAUCUUAUCCUGAAAUUGUUUUCGGCAACUCCUCCGAUGAAGAUGAAGAUGAAGCUGAAGAUGAAGAUGCAACAGGCGUUUCAAAAGCAUCUGCAAGUGAGGUAACUGGUUUAGACUCCUCAAAGAAUGAUACUCUACAGGAAGAUGGUAUUGGAGAUAUGAAGUUCGGUAGAGAUAAACGUUCUAAAAUGAAAUCAUUAUCUGUUAAAAGUCCUCGUAAAAGUACUCUAUUCAUUCAGAUGGAAUACUGUGAAAACAGAACUCUUUAUGACUUGAUUCACACUGAGAGUCUAAACAACCAAAAAGAGGAGUACUGGAGACUUUUCCGUCAGAUUUUAGAAGCAUUGAGCUAUAUUCACUCUCAAGGAAUUAUUCAUAGAGACUUGAAACCCAUGAAUAUUUUCAUUGAUGAAUCUCGUAACAUUAAAAUCGGUGAUUUUGGUUUGGCAAAGAAUGUUCAGAUAUCCCAAGAUACCUUAAGAAGGGACUCUUUUACUAGUGCAGGAAGUUCAGGUGAUCUAACCUCAGCAAUCGGGACUGCUUUAUAUGUUGCAUCGGAAAUAAUAACCAGUCAUGGUAACUAUAAUGAAAAAGUUGACAUGUACUCAUUAGGUAUUAUCUUUUUUGAAAUGAUUUACCCUUUUGAUACAGGAAUGGAAAGAGUCAACGUGAUCAAGAAACUCAGGAACAUUGAUGUAGAGUUUCCAUCAGAUUUUGACGAUAAGAAGCUACACACCGAAAAAAAGAUUAUCAAACUACUUUUGGAUCACGAUCCCGUAAGGCGGCCUACUGCUUCUGCAUUAUUACGUAGUGGGUGGGUGCCAGUAAAGAAUCAGGAUGAAUUAAUAAAGGAAGCUUUGAAGAACAUAUCAGAUCCUUCCUCUCCAUGGCAACAGCAAGUGAGAGAAAAUUUGUUCACUCAGCCGUACCAUUUGUCAAGUGAUAUUUUAUUCGAUUUAUCUAGAUCAGAUACAACACCAUUUUUGCAGUUGUUGCGUGCACAGAUGGUCGAUGAAGUAAUUAAAAUUUUCAGAAGGCAUGGUGCUAUUGAAAACAAUGAGCCUCCUAUAAUUUUUCCAAAGGCACCAAUAUAUUCUACUCAAAAUGUAUACGAAGUUUUGGACCGGGGUGGCUCUGUGUUGCAAUUGCAAUACGAUUUAACAUAUCCAAUGGCAAGAUACUUGUCAAAAAAUCCCAAUACAACAUCCAAGCAAUACCGUAUGCAGUAUGUUUUCCGACCCUCAGAGAGUACUCAUUCGAGCACUGAGCCUAGAAAAUUUGGUGAGGUGGAUUUUGAUAUCAUAUCUAACUCUAGUACUGACUCUGCAGUCCACGAUGCCGAGUGUUUGAAAGUCGUUGACGAAAUUGUCUCUACCUUCCCCGUCUUUACCAACACCAACACCAUCCUUGUCAUCAACCAUGCAGAUAUCUUGGAUGGUGUGUUCAACUUCUGCAAUAUCGAUAAGGCUCAACGGUCCCUUGUAUCCCAUAUGCUAUCUCAACUUGGUUUUGGGAGAGCAUUCAAGGAUUUGAAAAUCGAUCUAAGGUCGCAAUUAAAUAUAUCCUCUACCUCGUUGAAUGAUCUUGAACUUUUUGAUUUCAGAUCAGAUUUAGAAACGUCCAAAAAGAGACUAAGCAAGCUUUUAGUUGAUAGUCCCUACUUGAAGCGAAUUGAGGAAGCAUUUGGUUAUGUCUCCAAAGUGGUUGACUACUUCAAACCAUUAGGAGUAACACGAAAUGUUGUGAUAUCACCCUUAAGUAACUAUAACAAUGGCUUCUACAAAGGUGGUAUAAUGUUCCAGUCCGUAUUUGAUAAUGGCAGAACUAGGAGCCUAAUAAGCGCAGGAGGUCGAUACGAUAAUUUAAUCUCAUUGAUUGCCAGACCAUCUGGCGGAAAACUAAAUCAUAUUCAAAAGGCGGUAGGGUUUAAUUUAGCUUGGGAAACUAUGUUUUUGAUAGUAAAAAAUUACUUCAAGUUAGCAGGAGGAAGAACCAACAAAAAGUUCACUAAAAGCAUUAAAGUAGGUAAUAAUGAAUGGAAACCGAAGAGGUGUGAGGUUUUAGUUUCUAGUUUCUCGAAUUCCAUUUUAAAUACUGUCGGAAUCGAGGUUGUCAGCAAACUUUGGAAAGCUGGCAUUAGUGCGGAUAUUGUUAGAGGCUGUUUUUCUGUUGAAGACGUCAUAACUUCAGCUCAAAAAGAUGGUGUUGAUUGGAUUGUCUUGAUUAAGCAACAAAGUUACUCCAUCGCCAAUACCAAAAGGAAGUACAAACCACUCAAAAUCAAAAAUUUAAGCACAAACUUUGAUGCUGACAUGGAUAUCGAUGAAUUUUUGUCGUUAUAUGAAGAUUCUUUCAACAGGGAGGCUAACAAUGACUUACCAAUGAAAGACGAUUUCUUUAGUGAACAUGAUGACAGAAAUAAGUGGGAUGACAAUAGCAGCCAGGAGAGAAGCCAAGAUGGGGAGAGCGACACUAUUUCUGCAGCCGGUCCCCAAAAGGUGAUUUUCAUUCCUAAUCCAGCCACUCGAGCAAAGGGAAAGCCAAGCAAAAAAGACAAAUGGGUCUUUGAAGAAUCUGCAAGGAACGCUUCUAGACAAUUGAUUCACAGUUUGUCUUCUGUUCCUAUAUUUGCUGUCGAUGCCAUUCAUGAUGAAACUCUAGAGAUCAUUUCCAUUACAUCUCUUUCACAGAAAGAUGAAUGGCUUAGAAAAGUAUUUGGGUCUGCUGCGAAUUCAGCUCCAAGAAGUUUUGCAACAAAUAUAUAUAACAACCUUUCAAAAGAAGCAGCGAAAGGCGGCAGAUGGGCCAUCGUUCACUGUAACAAAACUGGUAAGUCGUGUGUAGUGGACUUGCAACGAUAA